CUCGGAUGGAUGAGGCUGUUCACUGGAAAUCAUUUCUUUCGUGAUGUACAUUAUAGGAAAUCGGACCGUACUAACGUCAACUGUUUGGAAAAUUAUUUUUUGAUCCAGAAAGUGGUACUUCCGCUUUCCGUACUUCUAAAUCUACACACCUUGCUUUUUUCAUUUAACGCACGCAGUCCGAAGUGAAGGUCGCUGUUUAACGAAAGAAGGCAGACGGAUAGUGAAUGACCCGCUCUGAUUCAAUUUUCCAAUUUGGAGCUUCUUGAAAGUGAGCUAAAUCAGACUUUGCUGUACAAGAAAACAGUUGCAUACUGUCAAAUACGUGCAUGCAGAAUUACCGUGAACUAUCAUUUUUCUUAACAUGUCGAUCAAAUCGUUUAACGGAAUGUUUAUCAGUUUAUUGACAACGACCCUACUUAUGAGCCAUAUUGUAAUAACAAACGCUCUGCUGAAACGUUGCUACCAGUGUCGAUCACGAAGUGAACUUGGCAGCUGCAAAGAUCCGUUUCUUUUCAACGCGACCGUGGUGGAGAAUGAACGUGGCGUUACAGCAGUUCCGUGUGCUUCCGGUUGGUGUGGCAAGGUUAUAGAAGGAAUGGGAUCCUUCCGAGAAGAUGACUAUGAUAUGGCCACACAACGCAUGUGUGUGCAGCGAGGACCAUCAGACUCUGAAGACCGGUGUGCGUACACGGUGUACAACCACAAAAAGGUGUAUAUGUGCUUUUGCCAAGGUGAUCUCUGCAAUCAUGGUACUGUCUACUCUCGAAAUACUCAACGCACUUGGGCCAUUAUCACUGUAGGAUCACUGCUGUUGAUGCUUUCGCAACGAUUCUCUCUUUGAUAGCUGCCAGAACAAAAACAAUGACAAUGACUCAGAUUCGGAAGGUGGUGCAGUUAAAAAAAGGCGAAACUACUGAGGGAUAGAUGCGAAUACAGAAAUGCAUUAAUCGUACGUUUGCCUAAUCAAAAAAGAAAUAUUUUUAUCUGUAUUUCAUAACCACCUAACCAUCGAUGCCACAUUCCGUCCAGAUAGCAAUUGUACUCAUUUAAUCACUCUAUUUUACAUUUGCGUUCUUAUGUACCAACGACAUGUAUUACCUGUGAAUAUCGUACUUAUUUGUUUUACAUUCUCUGAUGGUCUGUAAGAUAUAUUUGCGACCGUUUUGAAAAAAAAAGUUAGAUAAGUAUAUUUUUAUA